AAUUACAACAAAACCAAAUGAUCAUUCACCAUCUACUCUUGAAAGAAAGUGACAUGAUUCAAUUCCCAACCACGAAAGACCAACUUCUUCCUGUCAGAAUAACUGGUGACUUCUCUCCAGUGUGUGACACGAGACAAAUGAGCUCCUCAGCCAUGCUGGGCACCACUUCCAUGCAGAUGCAGGCUCCAUACAUGUUGCCUCAGCAGCCCAAGGGGUCAUGGGUCCACAGUCAUGCCCAGGUGUACUACCCACAGACAUGGACAAGGAGGACCCAAGGCUACCUAUCCCAUUCUGCCACCCAGACCCAACGGGUGUCUGCCCAGUACAUGCAGAGUGCGCUCCUCUGGCUGCCUCAACACCAGCUACACCAAGACCAGCGUGUGACACAGUGGAGGCCUGAGUCAAGCAGGAUGGCCUACCAGGCUAGGGUCCCCUGGUCCUACAGGCAACACCUCACAGGAGGGCCCAUGGAUGCUAGGAUGUACCCUAUCUUUUCCACAGAGCCCCAACAAGCCCCCACUGGCCUCCUCCCUCAGGCCGGAGACAGCAGCACUCACCUGGCCCCUCACCAUCAGCUUGGAGGUCCCUUCCAGGCAGGCUCCAACCACCCUCUGUUCGAGUUCCAGAGCUAUAGCCUCAGGACUGCAAGAGUCUCCCAGGCCUCUCGGACCCAGGUCACCUGCCCCAGCCUGUCCCUGCAGGGGUUAGGAGAUAGUUCCCUGCCUGCAGUCACCUCCCUGGAGGAGGCUAUGAAGAUUUUCCACUGUGAGUCUGAGGAUGAACCCAGGCAGCAGGCUGAGGCUGGGCUGAGUGUUCUGGUGCCACAGGGAGUGUUGUCCAGCCCCACACAAGAGGGUUCAGGCAGAGGUAAGUGUCCCUCCACCCUGGAUCACUCCCUGGACCAGGAAGACCUAGAGGCCUGUAUGGAGCGCCUGCUGGAGUCGCAGGGAUCAGAGGGGUCUGUGUGCAUAGCCGCAGCAGGGGAGUCUGGCAUGGAGUUCUUCUAUGAGGUAGACAGCCUGGGCAGCCUGUGUGACCUCCAGCUGUUUGGACAGUAUGUGUCCAGCAGCAACACAGAGGAGGGCAGUGCCAACAACAACAUGGAUAACUGAAAUAACCACAUCUUUUAGCGUUAUUUUCAUGUUCAUUCAUUAUUUUUUUAUUA